GUCUCUGGUUUUGUUUAGUUUACUACACAGAAUAUAUUAGUGGUCUGUGCUUUGCUAGAAAUGGCGGGCAUAAUAGUCAAUAAUAGGUUUUGAUUUGGUGUUGUUUAAAUACGAAAAAUAACAUGUAUAUCAAACAGGUUAUUAUACAAGGCUUCAAAAGUUAUCGAGAUCAGACCGUUGUUGAACCAUUUGAUAAAAGGCAUAAUGUUGUUGUUGGACGAAACGGCUCCGGGAAAAGCAAUUUUUUUUACGCUAUACAAUUUGUUCUUAGUGAUGAGUUUUCUCAUCUAAAACCAGAAGAACGACAUUCUUUGCUACAUGAAGGAACAGGCCCCCGAGUAGUUUCAGCAUAUGUGGAAAUUAUAUUUGACAAUUCUGAUGCCCGUGUUCCGAUUGAACAUGAAGAAAUAUACUUAAGAAGGGUUAUUGGUGCUAAAAAAGAUCAAUAUUUCUUGAACAAAAAAGUAGUCCCUAGAAGCGAAGUAAUGAAUUUGCUCGAAUCUGCAGGCUUUUCAAGUUCGAAUCCUUAUUAUAUUGUAAAACAAGGAAAAAUUAAUCAAAUGGCAACUGCUCCAGAUUCUCAUAGACUAAAAUUGCUCAGGGAGGUUGCCGGCACAAGAGUGUAUGAUGAGAGACAUUCAGAAUCAAUGGUUAUUUUGAAAGAGACAGAAGGUAAAAUAGACAAAAUUAAAGAUUUUCUCCGUACUAUUGAAGACAGACUUGGAACAUUGGAAGAGGAAAAGGAAGAAUUGAGGCAAUACCAGAACCAUGACAAAAUUAGGAGAACUUUGGAAUAUAUCAUCCAUGAGGUUGAACUAAAUGAAUAUAAGAAAAAAUUAGCAGAUUUAGAAAAACUGAGGGAUGAAUCUGGAUCUGAACAGAAACAAUUAGCUGCUAACCUCAAGAAAGCCCAGGAUCAUAUAAAAAACCUCACAAAGAAGACAAAAGAAAUGAAGAAGGAGCUAGCAAGUCUCAAGGAAGAACGGGAUAUUUUAAAUAAUGAUCAUCAGCAUCUAAUCAAAGAAAAAACUAAAAUGGACCUUAUGAUUAAAGAUUUAUCAGAAGAGGUACAAGGAGAUAAUAAAUCCAAAGAACGAGCUGAAAAUGAACUUGCUCGGCUUACUCAAUCUAUUAAGGAGAAGGAAGCUGAAUUGGAAAAAAUCAAACCAUUGUAUGAGGAAAUGAAAGGCAGAGAGGAGGAAUGUACACGAGAAUUAUCAUUGAAGGAACAAAAAAGGAAAGAGUUGUACGCAAAACAGGGUAGAGGGAGCCAAUUUACUUCAAAGGAUGACCGUGACAAGUGGAUAGAAAGCGAAUUGAAAUCUUUAAACAAGCAACUAAAAGAUAAAAAAGAUCAUAGGGACAAAUUGGAAGCAGAUUUGAAGAGGGAUGCUCAAAAAACUGUAGAUCUGCAAAAAAAGAUUGAAGAACAGUCGCAAGAGUCAGAGCGGCAAAAGAAUUAUAUUGCUGACUACAACAAGCAAUUUUAUGAGUCAAAAAAGAAUAAAGAACAAUUUCAAAAUACCAGAAACGAGCUUUGGCGUAAGGAAAAUAACGUUCAACAAAACUUGUCUUCUUUAAAGGAAGACCUGGCCAAAGCUGAUCAGCAGUUGCGUUCAAUGGUUGGCAAACCGAUUUUAAAUGGCCGAGACAGUGUAAGGAAAGUUUUAGACACUUUUAUUUCCCGCGGCGGUCGAGAGGCCGAUAUUGCAAAAUCCUACUAUGGACCUGUCAUUGAAAAUUUUGAAUGUGAGAAAAGUAUUUAUAUUGCGGUAGAAGUUACCGCUGGCAAUCGAUUGUUCCACCACGUGGUCGACUCUGAAAGAGUGGGUACGCAGAUUUUGAAAGAGAUGAACAGGCAAAAGUUGCCUGGCGAGGUCACUUUCAUGCCUUUGGAUCGAUUGAACGUCAGGGAAAUUGACUACCCCAAUGAUUCUGAUGCAAUCGCAAUGGUAUCUAAGCUUAACUAUGAUCCAAAGUAUGAUAAAGCAAUGCGUUAUUUAUUUGGAAAGACGCUCAUCUGUCGCCAUUUAGAUGCUGCCACAAAACUGGCGAGAAGUACUGGACUCGAUUGUGUUACACUCGAUGGAGAUCAGGUUUCAUCCAAAGGAUCAUUGACAGGCGGUUAUUUCAAUACAUCACGCUCCCGAUUGGAAAUGCAAAAAAAUCGCGCAGAAACCAUCACUCAGAUCCAACAGUGCGAACAAGAACUGAAAUCUUUGCGCGCGGAACUCCAAAAAACCGAAGCUUCCAUAAACACCAUCGUGUCCGAUAUGCAAAAAAUCGAAAACAAAAACACGAAAGCUAAAGCGAUCCACGAACGCAUCAAAGGCGAAGUGCGACUGAUGCGCGAAGAACUAUCGAACAUAGAAAAGUUCAGGGGGCCCAAGGAACGUUCAUUGGCCCAAUGUAAAGCGAGUUUGGAGGCCAUGCAAACGACCAAGGAAGGCUUGGAGUCGGAGUUGCAUCAGGAGUUGCUCGCUCAACUUUCCGUUGCCGAUCAGCAGCAAGUCGAUUCGUUAAAUGACGACAUUCAAAGACUCCAAAAGGAGAACAAGGAGGCGUUCAGUACUCGCAUGAAGUUGGAAGCCGAAAAAAACAAACUGGAAAAUUUGCUAACGAACAAUUUAAUACGGAGGCGCGACGAGGUGUUGCACGCGUUGCAGGAGAUUUCGUUGGAGGACCGGAAAAGGCAGCUUUCCAACUGCAAAACGGAAAUGGACGAAAUCGAUAAAAAAAUUGAGAAAGUCAAUAAGGAGUUAAGUUCUAUGGAGAGCAAAGUAAAGGAUAUGACCAAAAAGCUUAAACAAGAGCAAAUCGAAUUGGACAACUGGAAGAAAACUGAAAAGGACGCUCAAGACAAGAUUGACGAAGAUGCCAAACAUUUGGAACGGUUCGCUUCCAAGCAGAACGUUUUUGAAAAGAAAAUUCAAGAAAGUUUGGAAAAGAUUAACCAGCUUGGAGCGUUGCCCGCUCAAGAUCUGUACAGUCAUUACAUGAAAAUGUCUUCCAGAGCUUUAUUUAAAGAGCUUGAAAAAACCAACAACCAACUCAAGAAGUUCAGUCAUGUCAACAAAAAAGCUCUCGAUCAGUUUAUGAGCUUCUCGGAUCAGAAAGAAAAAUUGCAGAAGAGGAAAGAAGAACUGGAUAGGGGGGGUGCGAGAAUAAAAGAACUCAUUGAAGUAUUAGAGACGAGAAAAAUGGAGGCAAUCCAGUUUACGUUCAAGCAGGUGUCGAGAUACUUUACAGAGGUUUUUAAGAAGCUAGUGCCUGCCGGUAAAGCGAAGUUGGUUCUGAGAACCGUCGACAACGAAGAAGGACGCGAUAUAACCCCCGAAGACACAAACGCCGACAUUUUUACGGGUAUCGGUGUCAGAAUAUCAUUCACGGACGCCGACGUCGAAAUGAAGGAAAUGAAUCAACUAUCGGGAGGACAAAAGUCAUUGGUGGCUUUGGGGUUGAUCUUUGCGAUCCAAAAAUGUGAUCCCGCUCCGUUUUAUUUGUUUGAUGAAAUCGACCAGGCCUUGGACGCGCAGCAUAGGAAAGCGGUGGCGAAUAUGAUUCACGAAUUAUCGAGCGAGGCUCAGUUUAUAACGACGACAUUUAGGCCCGAGCUGUUAGAGCACGCCCACAAGUUCUACGGAGUUAAGUUCAGGAAUAAAGUGAGUCACGUCGAGUGCGUCACCAGAGAAGUGGCCAGAGAUUUUGUCGAGGAUGACCAAACGCACGGUUGAGUUGUCAUAAGGAGAUAGUUUAUACAAUUGAGCAUUUAAAACAUAUUUUAUUUCAAU